AUGCGUCUUCAAAGAGGCGUCUCUGUUGCGGCAUUCGCUGCGGCUGCCUCUGCUAGUUCUCUGUCAGAGGUGUGCACUGUCUCCAACGUGGAAUCCGCUCUCCCUGCCAAUGGCACUCUCCUCGGUAUUAAUGUCCUUCCUUCGCUCACUACCGCCAACACUGCAUCCAGCGAGAGCUACGACUAUUGUAAUGUCACUUUGACUUACACCCACCCCGGAAAGGGUGAUCGUGUUGUCGUGCAGUACGGUCUUCCGGCUCCCGCGGACUACAAGAAGCGUUUCUACGUCGCCGGUGGUGGUGGCUACUCGCUGUCCACUAGUUCCACUGGUGGUCUUGAGUACGGUGCUGCUUCAGGUGCCACCGAUGCUGGCUACGACGCCUUGUCCGGUGUCAGUUAUGAUGAGGUCGUUCUGUACGGCAACGGCUCCAUCAACUGGGAUGCCACCUACAUGUUCGGCUACCAGGCUCUGGGUGAGAUGGCCCAGCUUGGCAAAUACUUCACCAAGGGCUUCUACGGUGACUCUACUAGCUCAAAGAUCUACACCUACUACGAGGGCUGCUCCGAUGGGGGUCGUGAGGGUAUGAGUCAGAUUCAGCGUUACGGAGAUGAAUAUGAUGGUGCGAUCACAGGUGCCCCUGCGUUCCGCUACGCCCAGCAGCAAGUCAACCACAUCCUCUCCUCCGUUGUCGAGCAUACUCAGGACUACUUCCCUGCCCCUUGUGCUCUGGCUAAGAUUGUCAAUGCGACCAUCGCUGCCUGUGAUCCUUUGGAUGGACGUACCGACGGUGUCAUCUCUCGCACUGACCUGUGCCAGCUGAACUUCAACCUGUCUUCUAUCAUCGGCGAGUCCUACUACUGUGCCGCUGAGACCAGCACAUCCCUUGGAUUUGGUUUCAGUAAGCGUGCUGAGGGCAGCACUACCAGCUACCAGCCUGCUCAAAACGGAACUGUGAACGCCAAUGAUGUUGCUGUCGCCCAGGCAAUCUAUGAUGGUCUUCACAACACUCAGGGUGAGCGUGCCUAUCUCUCAUGGCAAAUCGGCUCUGAGCUCUCAGAUGCUGAAACCGAGUACAACAACAACACCAAGGAAUGGGAGCUUGAUAUCACCUCGAUGGGUGGUGAAUACAUCGCCAAGUUCGUUCAGCUUCUUGAUCUUGAUAACCUCUCCACUUUGGAUGGCGUUACCUACGACACCGUUGUUGAGUGGAUGAACACUGCUAUGGUUCGCUACAUGGAUUCCCUGCAGACCACUAUCCCCGACCUUAGUACCUUCCAAGAGUCUGGUGGUAAGCUUAUCCACUACCACGGUGAAUCCGACCCUAGUGUUCCUACUGCUUCCUCUGUCCACUACUGGCAAUCCGUGAAGUCUAUCAUGUACCCCAACCUCACAGAAUCUCGAGGCCUCGCCAAGCUGCAGGAUUGGUACCAGCUGUACUUGAUUCCCGGUGCUGCUCAUUGUGGAACCAACGACCUCCAGCCUGGUCCUUACCCUGAGGAUAACAUGCAGACCAUGAUUAACUGGGUUGAGAAUGGUGUCAAGCCUUCUCGUCUUAACGCGACUGUUUCCUCUGGCGAGUAUGAGGGCGAGACUCAGAUGCUGUGCCAGUGGCCCUCGCGCCCUCUUUGGAAGAACACUACUUCCUUCGACUGUGUGUUUGAUAAGGCCUCAUACGAGAGCUGGACUUACGAGUUCCCUGCUUUCAAGGUCCCUGUUUACUAA